AAUAAUAAUAAUAAUAAUAAUAAUAAUAAUAAUAAUAAUAAUAAUAAUAACAAUAAUGAUGAUGAUGAUGAUAAUGAUGAUGAUAAUAAUAGUAAUAAUAAUAAUGUUAAAAAUAAUGAUAAUGGUGAUAAUCAUAAUAAGGAUAAUGAUAAUAAUAACCAUCAUCACCAUCCUCGUUAUCAUCAUCAGCAGCAAAACUUUUACAAUAAUAAUAAUAAUAAUAGUAAUGAUAAUAAACUGUAUAAUAACAAUAAUAAUAAUAAUGAUAAUGAUAAUGAUAGUAAUAAUAAUAAUAAUGAUAAUAAUAAUAAUAAUAAUAAUAAUAAUAAUAAUAAUAAUAAUAAUAAUAAUAAUAAUAAUAAUAAUAAUAAUAAUAACAAUAACAAUAACAAUAAAAAUAACAAUAACAAUAACGAUAAUGAUAAUGAUAAUGAUAAUGAUAAUGAUAAUGAUAAUGAUAAUGAUAAUGAUAAUGAUAAUGAUAAUGAUAAUGAUAAUGAUAAUGAUAACAACAACAACAACAACAACAACAACAACAACAACAAC